AUGACACUUGCGCGAUAUUUUGAAUGAAUAAAUUUGAGAAAUUUAAAAAUAUUAGUUUCGUAUGUUAAAUUCAAACAUUAGUCUUAUUUUCUAAUAAUAUUGUGCGAAUUACUGGUUAUUGCGACUUAGAUAUCGUAAAUAUUUUACAUUUGCAUCGUGGGCUUCAAAUAUUGUGUGAUGACAACUGCUGUGGUAAGUAAUCAAAAAAAGGGCGCCGCAACCAAUAAUGUUCCUCCUGCUGGAGUAAGAAAGAAAUCUGGUCCCAAAUUUGAAUUGACAGAGGAGCAGAGACGGGAUAUAAAAGAAGCGUUUGACUUGUUCGACACUGAGAACACGGGAAAAAUUGAUACAAAAGAGUUAAAGGUUGCCAUCAGAGCACUCGGAUUUGAACCAAAAAAAGAAGAAAUAAAAAAAAUGAUAGCAGAAAUUGAUAAAGGUGAUGGUAAAGUAUCAUUUGAAGACUUCUUAGAGCUGAUGACUGUAAAGAUGGCAGAAAAGGACACGAAAGAAGAGAUCAUGAAGGCUUUUAAACUUUUUGAUGAUGAUGAGACAGGAAAGAUCUCAUUCAAGAAUCUUAAACGAGUGGCAAAAGAACUAGGAGAGAAUUUAACAGAUGAAGAAUUACAUGAAAUGAUUGAUGAAGCUGAUAGGGAUGGUGAUGGUGAAAUCAACCAAGAGGAGUUUUUGCGCAUUAUGAAGAAAACUAGUCUGUAUUAAUUACUUGGAUGUUUUAAAUUGGUCUUGUAGCACAAUUUUUAAUCUUAAGGUUUCUUUAUACAUACACAACACAAAUUGUAAGCUUUGAUUACUAGAAAAAAAACUCUAAUGUAGUCAAUGACAGCUUCUUAAAACUGGUAAUACAAUUAUCUUUUGGAUGACAGACAAAUCUGGAUUUCAUGCAUUAAUUAUUCCUAGGGCGCAGUCUCCUUACGAAGGUUGGCAAUCAUUAGGGCUAUCUCUACUUUGGACAUUGCUGUCCUAAAUAAUGUUUUGGUGCUCUUUUGUUGUUGUAGAUUUUUGAGCCAUGAUAUUCUUCUCCGGCCAGGCCUUCUUCUUUCUCCACUAACCAGGUUAUUAAUAUUUAAUAUCAAAAAGGAAACUUAUCACUUCUUGCAGGGUUGACAGCUAUCUAUAGUGUAUCUUUUAUUUUACUAUUUUAAAUGACGUGGCAGAGUUAAGACACAAAAUAUUUUUUGUAAAAAGUAUUUAUUUAUAUAAACAUUCCAUGUAUUUUUCUUAAUCUAUAGCACAAAUUGAACAGUAAACUAGAAAAGAUCCAUGUCCGCUCAACAAUCAAAAUGCACAUUCUCAUUAAAUAUGAACAAAACAUCAUCAUGGUUUUCUAUUUUUAAAACCAGUCAACAAAUACAUAUAAUUAUUUCAUCAACAAACAGUUAAUACCUAGUUAGUUAUACUUUAAAAAAACUUGUGUAGUUCAGUAGCCAAAAUUGGAAUUCUGCUACAAUAUCAAAAUGUUAAUUGGCUUACCAUUAAAGUGCUUACUGAUGUUUAACAUGUGAUAACAGCACAACUGACAUCAGGCCAGAUAAGUUUGUAGGACUAAAUAUUUUAUUUUUAAUACAGAUAUCAGUAGUUACCUAGCCAAUGUUUAGUUGAUCUAUAACCUCUGAAAAGUUAUCUACAAUCAUAUUA